UUCUAAACAAUUCAAACAUCAACCAAUCGCAUAUUAUUCAAACAUCAAAAAAUGGCGCGAACAAAGCAAACCGCCCGCAAAUCAACCGGUGGAAAAGCUCCUCGGAAACAAUUGGCGACAAAAGCCGCCAGAAAAUCAGCUCCGGCUACCGGAGGAGUGAAGAAGCCGCACAGAUUCCGGCCAGGAACCGUUGCGUUGAGAGAGAUCAGGAAGUACCAGAAGAGCACUGAGCUGUUGAUCCGGAAGCUUCCGUUUCAACGUCUGGUGAGAGAAAUCGCACAGGAUUUUAAGACCGAUUUGAGGUUUCAGAGCAGUGCGGUUGCUGCGCUUCAAGAGGCGUCUGAGGCGUAUCUGGUAGGGUUGUUUGAGGAUACGAAUUUGUGUGCGAUCCAUGCUAAGAGAGUUACAAUUAUGCCAAAAGAUAUGCAGUUGGCUAGGAGGAUUAGAGGUGAGAGGGCUUAGGUUUUUGUGUUGAUGAUCAACUGUAUUUUGUACUUUUAAAUGUUAAAUUAAUGAAAAUGACUAAUGUUUUCUUGCAUAAAA